GGCGACUGUUACCCAAUAAUAGCGCCCUGCACGUUCGCAACAAUGCAGGCAGGGAACCCGAGAGCCGCGGGCAGGGAACCGGAAAGCGAGAGAGCCCGGCUCGGCGGCUGCUCCUGCGCGCGAGCCCAGGGCUCACAGGGGAGCACGCGUCGGCCGGAAAGCAGCGCUGGGGAGAAGCGUGGGCGCGAGGGGGCAAGGGCACGGGUCCCGGCGUCCCGCGGAGGUCGCCUCACGAGGCGAGGCGAGGCGCGGACGUCCGAGCUGCCCCGUGCCACACGUCGGCCCAGCUUCCGAGGGCCCAGCCCGGUCGCGGCGGGGAAAGGUGCCGGCGCCACCAGGCCGCCGCCUCCAGGCGCGAUGAAUCGGGCUUUUUCCCAGUGCGUAGUCCAGGCCUGGCCGCCCCGGCCCGUCCGGGGUGACUCAGGGCCCGGCCCCGCUCGCUCUCCUGCCGCCCUCGGCGUCCUCCGCCCACGAGUCCCCCGGCCCGGCCGCCAUUCCGCCCGGCCGCGUUUCGGCUGCUCAGGCCUCGCCAGGCGCCUGGGCUUGGCCGCCGCGGCCCAAGUCACUGCGACACCGCGGCUCGGGGCCGGGCCUGCGCCGCCGCCGCCACCUCCUCUCGGCCCCGGCGGCUGCCGACACUCACCCGCAUCUCUGUGGUGCCCCAAAGGCUCCCGCGACGCCUCCGCCUGGUCGCUGGGCCUGGGCCCCGGCGAAAGCCCCGUCCCGCCAAGGUCUGGCUGCGUCCCUCAGCCACCGGGGCUGCCCCGCCUGGAGCUGCGUGCGACACGGCGCCCGCCUCCUCCUCCUCCCCUGCCCGCCCGGCCCUCCUCCUCCCGCCGCCGCCGCCGCCUGCACCACGCAACCUCCGCCCUCUCGCCUUCCCUCCGCGGCUCCCCGCCCUCUUCGGCCUCACCGGCUCCGGCGACCGCGGGGGAGAAGCUGUUGGGGGAGGGCCGGAACGCACCGCCAUCGGCGUCCGGGGCGGGGGAGCCGGGAAACCGUCGUCGCCAUCGCCCCGCCAGCCCGAGGCGCGGGAGGGGCCCGGAAAGCUCCCGCCCGCCCGCCGAUGCCGGCGGCCCCGGGGGCGCCCCUUCCGCGGCCGAGGCCCCCGCUAGCGUGGGGAGCUUCUACCUGCGAGCCCGCGGCCCCUGCCCCGGACACCCGAGCCAUCCCCGACCCGGGGCACCGGAUUCUCCGCCAGGUUUUACAGCCUCCCUCGCCUUGGGGCCGCCGCGGAGGACCCCUUCCCGCCACUUCGGACCUCGCGAGCGGGGCUGAGCUGCUUGGGUCGGGGACACCACCAGCCUCUGGAGAAACGGCCUGAAGCACCCCGAAGGAGAGGGGGUCCCAGUCCCCCCACUCCUCCCCUGUGCGCACACCGCCCCCCCCAGCUGGCCUCGAACCUGACUCCCCACCUUUGUCGACCGGGACUGGGGGAUGCACCCUAGAUCAGAAAGUCAGAGGUGGCCAGGUGGCCCUCCAAAUCGGCGCAGACUUCCGAGGAACCUGCAGCCAAUUCUCGAUCCCCUUAACACCUGCAAGGCCUUAGGAAUCGGCUCCAGAAAGCUCGAGCUUAUCUGCGUGUCUCUUUUUAAAAAUCACUUAUAAGAUUAAACCUAACUAGGCUUUCCCUUUCAGACUUUCACUAACUCCUGUUUGGCAAAUUUUGACAUUCACUCUAUCCUUCGUCUUUGUAAGGACAAAUCAAGACUUAGAAGGCUUUGAUUACAUACACGGAUGGCAUGAGUCGUGAUAUAAAGUAGUAUUGUUUUCACGUGUAGUUCGAAGUCAUCUCAUUUGAAAUUAACUGUCAUAAUUGGCUAUUUGGAAUAUUCAACCUAAAGCCUAUCCGCUGCUGUGGUGACGGGUGGAGGAAGCGUUGUGGAACCCCCACAUCUAGUGAGGGGUGGCUUAUUAAUACCACGGCUCACAGCAUAACAGAGCGGCUCAUUCCAUGAACAACCCCGGGGGGAUUUCGAACUCUAUCAUCUGGGCAAAAGAUGUAAUGAGUGUAACUUCCUGUUUUCUCCAAACGAAAACACUACACAGAUUCCUGUACCACUCUGGGACAGAAAUCCUCAGCCAGAGCAGAGGGCCGUCGCCAGAGUCCACACUGUUUCCUGCGUAACGUGGGUUUGUCUCUGAAGAAACAUCCCACUGGUGUAUGUGAUCCCCUCUAUUGAAAUGUGGUCUUUUAUCCACAUCUCAGUCUCUCUAGAAGUAAUGCAUUUGUAUGUACUUGUCACUCAGGUCAUCCUGCUGCUCUCUCAGUUUCCCAGGGGUUUGUGCGUCUGCCUUCUGCUAUGCAUUUUCCCACGGCCUUGUUGGUUCCUUCCACAGAGGCAAAUAAUAGCAGAGACAAGAGACGCCUUUUCCAAAACUCUAUCAAAAUGACAGAGCCUCGGCACGGCCUUCCGCACGUCCUGCAGAUUCUGUGUCACACAGCUCGCGGUGGACAGUUUGCCAGCUCUUGGGCAUGGCGAAAGAACGAUCUUUGGAAGAGCAGGGAAGCCCAGAAGUUCACAGAAAAGAAAGCUGUCAAAUUCUUCUUGCAACAGUGAUUGAAAUUGACCAUUGCUUCCAGACAUGUGUGGGAGUCCAGAAUAUGCCACUCCAAAAGAAGGAGGAUUGUUGAACUGAAGACAAUUAAGAAGAAACAGAUGCAGAAAAGCUCGCUGCCCUCCAUUUGCUUAAAUGCAGGACAGAGAUUUACAAAGAUAAAAGGCAUCCUGCCCCUGUCUCUUACCAGGGAGAACAAAGGUUAACCACUGAAGACAGUUUUAGACCAUUAUCUGCCAGGAGUUGGAGCCAGAGGAAUCUACCUGGACAUGCAUUACCAACUCGCCUUUAUCUGCCAGUUACUUGCUUCUCUGCCGAGAAGCCCCCUCUAGAGACCCAAAUUCCUUUUCCUUUGUCCUGUCGCUUCUCUAAAAAUCACUAUUCUUUGUUGAAGAUGCUAUACAAGCUGGAAUUCAAAGCUACUUCUUUGAGAACUACUCCUUCCCUGGUGUCUGCCAUGUAGAUGUGAAAUAUACAUGUAAAUAAACUUGUUUUUCUCUUGUUAA